AUGGGAUCGGGGCCCGUCUAUACCUGGCCCGGUCACGUGACCAACACCGCCAAACCUCCCACGCGCGAGAUCGACCUGUCUCGACCUGCCGAGCCAGCACCUGCAGCACUGUAUCUGCCUCCCCGCGCACACGGCAGCCAUCUUUGCCAUCGCCACUCGUUUGUCUGCUGCCCGGUCCUAUUUUCCCCCGUCUUGCUCUAUCCACACCGUGGGGUCAUGAGCUUGCGGUGGAAGACACCGUCGCUUGUCCUCCAUUGA